CACCCGGAAAUGCGCGAAUAUUCAUAUAUUCUUACGCUCGUAACUUCGUAUCCUCUAUAAGCAAGCAUGAUACAUACAUCUAUGUUGUUUAUAUGCAAUGUUACAACCGGCACUGUAGCAUAGCCUAGUAUUUCCGCGUUAACACGUUUUUGGGUGACUGCGCCUUCCGUGUAACCGUUUCUGUAGAAACGCGGCUUGUAGUCUUUUGUGACAUUGUUGUCGCUGCUAUUCCACGUGUUGCAGAACAGACAAAUACAUUGCAGACUGCCGCCACCGAGCGAGCUGCAUCGACAGCUUUAAGUCAUCGCUGUCAUUGCAAGACAUCACGAUUCUGUAAUCUUUUUCAAUUCCCUCUAAAGGCUGUACAAUGAGUGAAUACUUCUCGCUGUCGGAGUGUGAUGUGAUUGGCUUUGAUUUGGACCACACGCUCUGUCGAUACUAUUUGAAGGAGACCUCCAGGCUGAUCUAUGAGAGUUUUGCACGGUAUCUCGUGGAACACAAGGGAUAUGAUAAAGAUCUACUUAAUUUAACACCUGCUACUUGGGAUUUCUGUUUUAAAGGUCUUGUGGUGGACCUUGAGGAGGGUAACCUGGUCAAGUUGGCAGAGGAUGGUACUGUCUUGCGGGCAACUCAUGGCACUAAAAACCUGAGUACUGAUGACAUCAUAAAGCAUUAUGGUCCAAAAAGAGAAUGGAAGCAUUUUAAUAGCCUUGAUACCUCAUACACACGAUCUGCAAAAUACUAUUUUUAUGACAACUAUUUUGACCUCCCUGGUGCGCUUCUCUGUGCCAGAGUGGUGGAUAUGUUGCAUAAGCGAGGAGCCGAAAUCUCAUCUGACUUGUGGAAAGACAUUGUUGCUGCAAUUGACCAUAAUUACAACACAUCUGCAUUUCGGGAGGACACAGGGACGUAUUUCCCCAGUGUGAAACGUUGUCCUGGCCGUUACCUGCAGCCCUGCUCGGAUGCAGUCAAGAGAUGGUUGAGGAGCAUGAAAAAUAGCGGUAAAGUCCUACUGCUCAUCACUAGCUCACACUCUGACUACUGUCGACUAGUGUGUGAGCACAUACUGGGAACGGACUUUGAGGAGCUGUUUGACAUCAUUAUCACUAAUGCUCUGAAGCCUGGAUUCUUCUCUCUGGUUCCACAGCAAAGACCUUUCAGAACCCUGGUGGAUGAUGUUGAAGAUAGUGAAGGCUUGCCAUCUCUGGAAAAGCCUGGUUGGUAUUCUCAGGGCAACUGGCCUCAUCUGCACGAGCUACUGAAGAAUAUGACCAACAAAUCAGAGCCCAAGGUGGUGUAUUUCGGAGACAGCAUGCGCUCGGACAUGUUCCCAGCCUGCAGCUUUGCGAAGUGGGAGACGGUGAUGAUUGUGGAGGAGAUGGAGGGGGAGGGCGUUCCACGUGCUAACGCAACCCCCUGUAACAGCCCCACCCCGGGUGAAGGCCCUGUAGAGAAAAAGGGCAAGUUUGAGGAUCAGGGAAUGAAAUCUCCUUCAGCUGUAUCAAACCAGUGGGGCUCAUAUUUUGUGGACGUGCAAAAGAAUGAAGGAGAGGAGACACAGAGACUCACCUGGUGUUGCCACAGUAUCCACACAUACAGCACCAUGGCUAUACCCAGCAUUGAGGCUAUAGCAGAUCUUCCUCUAGACUUUAAGUUCCAGAGAUUCUCUUCAGAUAAGCCCGUCACGACAGGUUAUUACCCCAGACCUCCAGACUCACUGCUGAAAUGGGAAGAGAACUUGUCCUGAACCUACACGCCUGUCAGCAUAGACCAGGAGAUUGUUCCACCGUCACAUUCUCAAUCUUCACCACAGAGCUAGACCAUCCAUUCAUCCAAUCAGUGAUAAAGCUGUGUGAAUAUAACACCCAGAGCACUGUCUGUGUGUCUUCUCACCCCUUCCUGAAUCAGUCUACACAGUAUGAAGUUGUGUCGGUUUAGAUGCUGAAUAUCCGUACGUUGAUUGUUGGAUGUAGAAGGAAGUCACAAUGUAUUGUGUCUCAUCCAGCUUUGUGCAUUCACUACCAUUAAACUUCUUUUAAUGGUGUACAGAAGAAAAAAAGAAGAAGAAAAAAAACAUAGCUUUCCCAUGGCCAUGAGCUGUGUGUGGUUUUUUGUUUGGUUCUGUUCUGUUCCAUUUUAUUAUUGAAGGGAAUGUUACCUCAGAGGAUUUGUUCCUGCAGCUGAUGUAUAUUUCUGCAGGAAAGCAAGCACAAAUUAUAUUGAAUAUUCAUGUAAUCAAGAAACAGCCAUGAGUUCUUUUGUGAUUGGUUGAUGUUUUGAGAGUGUUGUAAACUGCAAGUUCUGUAAUUGGUUCAGAUCUGGGCCAGUUUACUGUAUUCUGCAAAAGUUUCUGUGACAGUUGAGAAAAUGAACAUCAUAGUUCCAAACCUCAGAAGAGUAUUAAAGGAAUAGUUUACCCCAAACUAAACAAAAAGUUUAUUAUUUAAUCACCAUCAUGUUGUUCCAAACCAUUGUGAUGUUGUUGGAACCCAAAGUCAUUGCUGAAGAAUCUUCACACAGCUCUUUCCAUACAAAGACAGUUCAUAGUGACCACAUAUUUAAAGCUCAAUAUAAAAAGCACAGAAAAUCUAGUCCAUAUGUCUCAUGGGCUUCAGAUGCCUCAAGAAGAACAUUUCAGUUGUUAUUCACUGAUCAUUUUUUCCCUUCACUGAACCAUUGAAUUUAGUUCAUUGGUUUAGUGAGCUAAACUCAAGAACCAGUUCAGUGAUUUUUUUUUUUUUUUUUUUUUUUUGAGGUGGGUAUGUUCAAGGAACUAGUUGAUCCAGUGAAUCAGACGGAUUUGUUCAACUCACAGACUCCAGUUACAACAGUUCUUGAGGUAACAGCUCACUGAAGGGAAAGUUAACCAAUGAAUACUGACUUGCGUUUUGAUCUGUUCUUUACACUAAUCUAUCAGAAGUCUUGAAAUAUAGCUAGCAAGUUCUAUGUAGAUUUUGGAUUUUUCAAGAAUAUCUAAUUAUUUUGUUCCAAGGAAGAAAGAAAGUCGUACAAGUUUGGAACAAGGUGAGUAAAGAUAGUGGUGAACUAUUCCUUGUAAUUGCCUUUGUUUCAGGUCUUCAUUGUUACUGAAUGAAGAGGGGUGAAAAUUUUUUCUGUGUAUGUAAUGUUAUCGUAACAUUGUGUAAAAAAUAUUGUGCUGUUGGGUGAUAGUCAGUGUAAACAGUCAAUUUCUGUCAUGCGCAGAACCAAUGUUGAAUGGUGCCAAGCUUUAUCCACCCAUUUAGUGAUUUUAUGUGUCUGGGCAAAUCUCUCACCUAAAACCUGUUAUUUGUUUCAUGUGUGUGCUGGCCCUGAGCUUUAAUAAUGAUUUGUUUAAUGCAAUGUAAGUGAUGUUGGUGGUUUGCUUGUUUUUAUAUAUAUAUAUAUAUAUAUAUAUAUAUAUAUAUAUAUAUAUAUAAUAUGAGUGCUCUGAUGAGGUUUCUACAGUGGUCAGCUGUAAUGGAGUUUACAUAAAAAUGGUACAGUUUUAAAACACGCUGCAUGUCAAAAGUUUAACAGAGAUUCCCAAAACUGAGUUGAAUGACACUAGGCAGCUUUGUCAUGGGUACAGAAGCGUGGAAAUCCUCAUCAUAAGCAUGACCUACUUUUCUCAAAUUAAAAAAAAAAAAAAAAAUGUCUCUUCUGCUGUAUGUUGUGAGUAGUGUCUGUUUAUUGAGUGCAGGGAAAGUGUCCAUAUGUGCAGAUAAAAUAAAAAAAGAAAGAUGUUACAGUA